AACAUGGACCCUGCUGUAUGUGGACUCUGAGGACUGAAUGAAGAAUCCGCUCUCCGGCCACUAUCUGCGGGAGAGUAGCGGCUCGUCCACGGAAAUGGGUGUGGAAUAGCGAUUAGCAGAUUAAUUAAUUAAAGUUAAAUGAAUUAACAACGCGGGCACUGUGGGAGCACCGAACAACGGACGACAAAGGACAACAAUACAGAACAAACCGCAGAGCUCCAGACUGAGUGGAGCCAGCAACUAGUGAGACGUCCCAGAGCCGCAGCACGACCACCAAGGCUGGUGGACUAAAACACAGAUUGCACCAGUUAGUUGGAGAUCCAAGUCAAGGCGGAGAGGAGCUGGGAGUUAUUGAGGAGAAGAGGUCACUUCUUGAUUUCUUAGCCUGUCAGCUUGCUCCAGUGAGAUCUGCUACAGACUGUCUGUUGGACAGAAGUCCUGAUCUCAGCUCCUGCAGACUGCACCCCCUCCCUCCAUCAGUGGUGGUGACCCUACUCCGGACAGCUUGCUGCAGGGCCCUUCCUGAGCAGCAGCAGCUGCGUCCUGCUUGCUGACUCCCCUCCCUCCCCUGCUUCCUGUCCUUGGUCAGACAAGGCCAAAGCCUCCUCUCCUCUCCCCUACCCCACCCCUGAUCUCCCACACACACUUGCAUUCACACACUCAAGUGGUUUCUCUUGUUGACCACACGCUCGCACACCUUUUUAAGCUACUAACGCUAGUUGGAAAUCAUCAGUAAGGGACUUGCAGACCUCCUGAUCCCUCUGGAGUGACCAGCAACCACAGAGUUUGUCUGUUUGUUUUAACCUAUACUACAGCCUCCAGCAUGACCUCCAUGUCCAGUCUCUUCUCCUUCACAAGCCCGGCAGUCAAACGCCUGCUCGGCUGGAAGCAGGGAGAUGAGGAGGAGAAAUGGGCAGAAAAGGCAGUGGAUGCUCUUGUGAAAAAGCUGAAGAAGAAGAAAGGUGCCAUGGAGGACCUGGAGAAAGCCCUGAGCUGCCCCGGGCAGCCCAGCAAGUGUGUUACCAUUCCAAGAUCACUGGACGGCCGGCUACAGGUUUCCCACAGGAAAGGUCUUCCUCAUGUAAUCUACUGCAGAGUGUGGCGCUGGCCAGACCUCCAGUCCCACCACGAGCUCAAGCCCCUGGAGGUGUGCGAAUAUCCAUUUGGCUCCAAACAGAAGGAGGUCUGCAUCAACCCAUAUCACUACAAGCGAGUGGAGAGUCCUGUGCUCCCUCCUGUCCUGGUACCACGGCACAGCGAGUUCAACCCACAGCACAGCUUGCUGGUACAGUUCCGCAACCUCACCCACAACGAGCCGCACAUGCCCCUGAACGCCACCUUUCCAGAGUCCUUCCAGCAGCCACACAGUGGGGGCAGCUGCACUGGUGGAGGUGGAGGAGGUGGCUCUUUUCCAAUUUCUCCCAACUCUCCUUAUCCUCCCUCUCCAGCCAGCAGUGGUACUUAUCCAAACUCUCCUGCCAGCUCGGGGCCCUCCAGUCCAUUCCAGCUCCCAGCUGACACCCCACCCCCAGCCUACAUGCCCCCUGAUGAGCAGCUGGGCCAGGAGAGCCAGUCAAUGGAAACGAGCAGCAGCCUGGUGCCGCAGAACGUGGCCAGAGGAGAUGUGCAACCAGUGGAGUAUGAGGAGCCAAGCCACUGGUGCUCUAUUGUCUACUAUGAACUCAACAAUCGCGUAGGUGAGGCUUACCAUGCUUCGUCAACCAGUGUGCUUGUGGAUGGCUUCACUGACCCUUCAAACAACAAGAACCGCUUCUGCCUCGGACUGCUGUCCAACGUCAACCGCAACUCCACAAUUGAGAACACCCGCCGACACAUUGGCAAAGGAGUGCACCUGUACUACGUGGGAGGGGAGGUGUACGCAGAGUGCCUCAGUGACACCAGCAUUUUUGUCCAGAGCCGUAACUGUAAUUACCACCACGGCUUCCACCCCACCACUGUCUGCAAGAUCCCCAGCGGCUGUAGCCUCAAGAUAUUCAACAACCAGGAGUUUGCUCAGCUUCUGGCCCAGUCAGUCAACCACGGCUUUGAGGCCGUUUAUGAGCUCACUAAGAUGUGCACCAUCAGAAUGAGUUUUGUCAAGGGCUGGGGAGCCGAGUACCACCGACAGGACGUCACGAGCACCCCCUGCUGGAUCGAGGUGCACCUGCACGGGCCCCUCCAGUGGCUGGACAAGGUGCUAACACAAAUGGGUUCGCCUCUCAACCCAAUCUCCUCUGUGUCCUAAUGAUGGACUUGUGGGAGCUUGGGAGAUCCUUUUUUUCUUUCUUUUUUCUUUUUUUUUUUUUUUUUUUCCAUUUUUUCCCCCCUCAGUGAUUUUAUAAUUUAAGGUGGUCUUAAUGGCUGAACUGUUUACACUUACUUUGGGAAGGGAUAUUGAAAUCUGGCCGGAAAUGCAACAGCUGCAGCCAGAAUCCAGUAACAGUAACGUUACAAGCGAAUACCUGGAGAAAGAGAGGAAACAGGAACGCCCAAGUAGCAGUAACGACACGGACACACUACUGCUUGACAAUACUACAACACCUGCAACUAGAGAGGGCUCCAUUGUCAAGCUUGAAUCUGUCAAAUGUUAAUUUUUUGCAUCAAAUUUUAUUGUUUUCUCAAAUGAUUUUAUUUCUCUAUAUGUGUAGUUUUUAAUGAAGCAGAACUGUCACUACUCUGCCUUAUGUCUGACAGAUAAAUUGGAAUUUUACUGAACACUUUUCUUACAAUGUUGUCUCAAUGUCAGAUAUUUACAAUUAUGAUAUAGACACGAUUAUGUUUACCAUUAGGCUCAGAUAUAACAAAUGCUUUUUUAUAGUCUCUACUGCUAGAAAUGAACACUGAGCUACUGCCUUUUUGAUAAAGUUAUGUAUGCCGACCUGAUAGUUUUUGAUAUGGGAGAUCAAUCACUGAACAAGUUUAACACGCCAUAAGCUAACAACAUUGUGAAUGUUACAUCUAUUGCAAUAGAAGUAGUCAUUUAUGAUAUAAUCAGACAAUGGACAUCAUCAUUAUUGAUUCUUGUUUGUACUCUCGAGUUCAAGUAAGAAUGACUGUAUUUUCCAUACUCACUGUAUUAACAAUAUUGUGCACUCAUGGAUUUUGUGGAGGCAUAUUAAAUUUUGGCGUGGGUACCAAGGCA